AUGUAAUAUUUAUGGAUACUUUGUUAUCCCUCAAUAUCCAUCUUUAUUCACAGUAAUAGGAAUUAUAAAAUAUAUUUUAUGAUAGAUUAGAAAUUCAUUAUUGGUUGGAGAAUGAUAGGUAUUGAAAUUAUGACAGAUUAUUGCACUGAUAAUUGCUUAUUCUGUGAUAUAUAGGUUUCUUGUUAAUCAUUCAUUCAUAUAAUAUAAAUAAAAAACUUGUGA